AUGAGCACACUUCCUGGAAGCAGCGAGAUUGCGGCAUUCGUCAAUCAAGUGACUCGUUUGGAAAGAACCUUUGCAUAUUGCAGCUUGUGUUUAGUGGUGGCAUUAAGUUUGCUUCGAAACUUGCAAUUUGAAACUAUAGCUUCUCAGAGCACCUCCCCUGCAGCAACUUGCAAAGCCAUGAGUGUGAAGGAGACUUGUUUGAUUUGCUUUGAAGACAAUCCUAUUGCUCGAAUGUUUUCAAUUGGUACUUGUCAUCACAAAUAUUGCUUGUCUUGUAUGAAACAUCAUGUGAAAGUGCAAUUGCAAAGCGGGAUUGUGGCACAAUGCCCUCAUAAAGACUGUAAGUGUGAAGUGAAUACCGAAACCUGUAAAAAAUUAUUGUCACCUGAACUUGCUGACAUUAUGAUCGAACGAAUCAAGGAAUCUUCUAUUCCUGUUACGGAGAAAGUGUACUGCACAUUUCCGAGGUGUUCUGCGUUGAUGUCCAAACAGGAAGUCUUGGAACAUACCAAGACUUCUUUUGCUGGUGAGGGAGGCAGGAAGUGCAUGAAAUGCCAUCAGUAUUUUUGUAUCAAUUGCAGGGUGCCUUGGCACUAUGAUAUGAGCUGCUAUGAUUACCAAAGAUCAGAAACCUAUUCCCGCUCGGAAGACCAAUUGGUAAAGUCCCUUGCAAUGAAGAAACUAUGGCGCCAGUGUUCGAAAUGCAAACAUAUGGUUGAACUUGAUAGUGGUUGCUACCACAUCAUUUGCAGAUGUGGACAUCAGUUUUGCUAUACUUGCGGAGCUGAAUGGAAGAACAAGAGAGCAACAUGUUCCUGCCCACUCUGGGACGAGCAUCACAUUAUACGGCCAUAA